UUUGGCCCAAGCGCCAUGCUCAACCACGUUUUAUCUCAGGCCUUUGGGCGGAAGCCCUCCGCUCGCUUCAUGGCAUGAGGGAAGGCGCCGUCGUCGGCGGCGCCGAAGGAAAGGAGCCCAAGGCGAAGGCGUCGGCGGCGGCUUCGGCCUCGCUGGUGCUCUUCGUGGUGUGCUGGUGCAAAGGUUGGGUGGACCUACUGGGCCACGGACAAGCGGUCCUAGAUGGAGACCACGACAUUCUGCACAGCGCGCCACUGGCGGCACAGCUGGCCGGGCUGGUGAUGACCAACCUGCUGGGCGCCGUGUUCUACUUCCGGCGCAAGAACUGGUGGGGCGGGCUUUGUGCGUGCCUGGACUUGGACACUUGGUAUUUGCUAGGCACCCAGGGCCCUGAGAUCCUGCGGGCGGAGGCCAAGGACUGGGAGCAUCUCAGGCUGCGGACCUCCAUCUGGCGCUCCCUGCCGCUGGCGUGUAUUGGCUUCUACCUGGCCACCCGGGAUUUGUUCGAGAUGCCCCUGUGCCAGAUGAUGGCAUCGACGCGCGCCACCCUAUACCACUACGACUUUGUGCGCAGUAGCCCCUGGCUGAGCGCCAUGGAAAAGGCGCAGAUCGACCCCAGCACGCUGACCUGGGUGCAGAUGGAGGCCCCGAGCACUGCUGCGGGCCGGGACAUCUUCCCCGCGCACGUCUUUGCCGACCUGCGGGGCUUGGAGGAGUCGAUCUGGAGCUCCUGCCAUUGCAGCCAGAGCCGCUGGAGCCAGCGGGAGGUGCCCUUUAUGACGGACAUGGCAGAGACCUGGCUCGGGAACUUCGCCAUCGACUCCUCCGACGGCACCUUCGGGAUCACCGGCACGGGCACGUUGUUCGCCUUGAACCAGCUUGUGGUCGCGCAGGCCAAGGAGCACCUGUUGGAGCACGACGAGCUUCUCGUCAGCUUUGCCCUGGACAUGGCCUGGGCGAGCGGCAACUACGCCACCUACUCCGCCAUCGUCGUGGCGACCCACAUGAUGACGGAGGGCCAGCUGGUGGAGGCAGUCCAGGAGGCCUUGCGGGAGGACAGCAAGGACAAGUACCCGGCCAUGUCGUCUACUGUGCAGCAGAGCAGGUCCUGCUUGUUCCAGAUCCUUUGGGCGGGCAUCCAACUGCUGAACUCCGUGAACCCCAUCGCCGCGCACGUGUGCAAGGCUCGCAACGUCCGGGCCACGGGCCGGAAGGCGGCCGUCAGCCUGCAUGCGAUGAUGGACACCUCGCUGCUGGUCUUGACCCUGAUCCUCGCCUCGCAGCAGUGCGGCCUGGCCAAGGCAGUGGGCUCGAUGUUGAGCUUCCCCCUGGAGAGCCUCUUCCGCAACCUCCCCACGGUGGUGGACAACCUGUCGGCCCAGCGCAUGGCCUCGAGCUCGGAGGUGGCACCGGUGGAGGCGAAGGAGGCGAGCCGCCAGAUGGUCUGUAGCAUCAUGGGCAAGGACAUCCCGGCGGUGGCCGCAGGUGUGUUGCAGACGGUGCACGACUACGUGGCGGUGUCCCCUCGCGUCUUCGGGCUGACCAUCUCGGGGGUGGUCCUCUUCUGCGGCGCCUCCUUCGUCUUGGCCAAGGUCUUGCGGCCGGAGGGGCUCCAGCUGCCCACGGUGGCCUGCCUCAACGCGGGGAUCUGCGGGCCCCUCUUCUUGUUGGCCUCCGUGGACCGGUUGCACGUGGAGGAGCUAUGCCCGUACAUCACAAGCCACAUGUGUUUGCGCGGCUGCAUCUUGAGUCUUAUGGUGUUUCUGGCUUGGCGAAAUGUGGAGACGGACAGCGCGGAGUUCUGGUAUGCCACGGUCUUCAACGAGGUGAGCAGCUGCUCGAUGCUGCGGGUGAAGUGGCUCUGCCUGGUGCUGCUGCAUGGGCUCACGGGGCGCAUGGCGGUGAACGCCAUCAAAGACACGGCGAGUCUGGAGGAGCUGCCGCUGGGCGCGAAAGACUACAAGACCUUUCAGGAGUGACGAAAGCUUCGCCCUGGCGGAGAGAGAAAAAGCGAAACAGGUGUGAUCAUAAUAUGAAGAAUAACGA